AUGGACGUGCACCAAGUCAACUCGCGAGUUCUCCACGACGAGACGUCCGCGGCCGAGGAUGAUGAUGGUCGGGUUGAGACCGCUGGCCCAGAUGUCGCCGGUUUGGAAAAGAAGACGACGGCGGUGUCGAGCGCCUCGUACGAGGAAACCUAUCCCGAAGGCGGGCUCCGCGCGUGGAUGGUGGUGCUCGGUGCCUGGUUCGCCCUCAUGUCGGCCAUGGGCCUCAUGAACUCCAUCGCCGUCUUCCAGGCCUACACCCUCAGCCACCAGCUCAAGGGCCACAGCGAGGGCACCGUCGGCUGGAUCUUCUCCAUCUACACCUUCCUGGCCUUCUUCUGCGGCGUGUACAUUGGGCCGGUCUUUGACAAGUACGGUCCGCGCUGGCUGGUGGUGGCGGGAUGUGUCACCACGGUCACGGGCGUCGUGUGCAUGAGUUUCUGCAGAGAACUUUGGCAGUUCAUCCUCUCGUUCGGCGUCCUAUGCGGCUUCGGAACCUCGCUCCUCUUUACCCCGUGCAUCGCCGCGGUCGGGCAUUGGUUCCGCCGCCGCCGAGGCUUCGCCACGGGCAUGGCCUCGACGGCCGGCGGCAUUGGCGGCAUCAUCUUCCCCCUCAUGCUCACCUCGCUCUUCGGCCGCAUCGGCUACGGGUGGGCCACGCGCGCCCUCGCCCUCGUCUGCCUGGCCGGCGGCCUCGUCGGCAUCCUGCUCGUGCGGUCGCGCCUCCCGCCCGCGGCCGACGCCCGCGCCCACCCCGACUUCCGCAUCUUCAAGCAGCUGCCCUUCACCCUCACCACCGUCGGCAUCUUCCUUCUCGAGUUCUCGCUCUUCAUCCCGCUCGCCUACAUCUCCACGUACGCCCAGCACAAGGGCUUCGACCAGCAGUUCGCCUUCCACCUGCUGCCCAUCAUGAACGCCGGCUCCGUCGUCGGCCGCGCUCUGCCGGGCUACUACGCCGACGUCGUCGGGCCCUUCAACGUCUGCCUCUUCUCCGUCCUCUUCUCCCUGGCCGCGUGCCUCUGCGUGUGGCUGCCGCUCGGCCACACCGCGCCCGGCCUCGUCGUCUUCUCCGUCCUGUUCGGCUUCGGCAGCGGCACCAGCAUCUCCAUCGCGCCCGUGUGCAUCGGCCGCAUGUGCAAGACGCAGCACUACGGCCGCUACUACGCCACCACGUACACGGUCGUCUCGUUUGCCUGCCUGAUCGGCAUCCCCACUGGCGGGAGCAUCGUCGGCGCCAGCGGCGGCGACUACCAGAACCUCAUCAUCUUCACCGGCGCCGUGUACGUUGCGUCGGCCGUGGCCUUGAUGGCCGCCAAGGUUGCGCAGCUGGGAGCGCGGAACUGGCUGGCAGCCUACUGA